UUCAAUUCAAAAGAGAUUCGAUCAUGGAUCUACGACACUACUUCACAGCUAAACCAAAGACAAAGGCAGAUGCACCUAAAGUAGAUGAAACUCCCAAGAAAUCUGAAAAGAAAACAUCCACCCGCAAGAAGACUAUUAUACCUGAUUUAGAUGAUGAAGAUGAGGAAGUAGUCGUCCAAGUGAAUUCGAAGCAUUUCACAGAUGCCAAACCCGCAGCACCACCUCCAAAGAAACAAAUCGUAGAGGUAGAUCCAAAAGCAUUCUUUGCAUCCGCAAAAGCCAAUAAGACACGGAAAGGGGCGACACCAGCUGUAGCAGAACAGGCUGUUCCCACAAAACCAGUCAAGGAAUCAAAUUUGAAAGACUCUAAGGAACCAAAAGCGGAAAAAGAAAUAAAAGAGUCCAAAGCAACAACGGCGGCGCCAGCAUCACCAGCACCAAAACGUGCUAAAAGGACCAGCAAUGAUGAUUACUUUGAGGAUGACAGUGAUGCAGAGAGUCUUCCACUACCUAAACCCAAAGUAGCGCAGACUGCCAAAGUGGAAGAGAAACAGUCCAAGACAGCCCCACCAACGUCGCCAAAGAAAACUGCCGUAAAAUCCUCUUCUUCCACCGCUAAAAAGCGCAAGAGCGCCUAUGAGGAUGAGGAGGGCGAGGAUGAUGAAGCUUAUCAGGAGGAAAAGGAGGAAAAGGCGAAGCCAACUAAGAAGAUGAAAGCUACAAAUCAAAAGACUGUGGAUAGCAACGCCAUGGAUGUGGAUGUGGAUGUGGAUAUGGACAUGCAUGAAAUCAAGGAAGAAAAACCGAAGAAAUUCAACUUCUGGGCGCACAAGAAUAAGGCUGGACCUUCAGCUCUUGGCUCUAAGGAAAUCCCAAAAGGACAAGACAAUUGCUUGGCUGGCUUCACCUUUGUUUUUACAGGAGAGCUAAGUUCAAUCACUCGUGAAGAUGCUGCAGAUUUAGUGAAGCGAUAUUCAGGACGUGUGACAGGCUCUCCCAGCGGGAAGACUUCGUUCGUUAUUGUCGGUGAUGAUGCUGGACAAUCCAAGCUGGACAAGGUCAAAAAACUAAAGAUUAAAACGCUGAAUGAGGACGAGUUCUUUGACUUGAUCCGUACCUCGCCUGCAAAGACAGAAGAUGGGGAAAUUCUGAAGACACCUUCCAAGGGUAGCUCUAGCGUUGCCUCUGCUAGUAACACAGAGGAUGCGCCAAAGAGGACAAUUAAGUCUGCUAAAUCAGAAGCAUCCACGGCAGCUUCAUCAUUACCAGCUGUCACUUCCUCUUCUUCAGCAUCUACAGCAGAUGCUAAUACCACGUCAAGCUCCAAGCCAGCAGCAAAGACCAAAGGCAAGCCGACGCAAGAUAGACCACAGGACUCAGAGUUAUGGACAACAAAGUACCGUCCCAGAGAUGUUAAAGAUCUGUGUGGUAACAAUGCAGCGAUCCAAAGGCUUUCUCGGUGGCUACAGGGAUGGGAAGAGAGCUACGCAAACAAUUUCAAGAAGGACAAUGCAGACAAAACCGGAACCUUCAGAGCAGUCCUGAUCUCGGGCCCACCUGGCAUUGGCAAGACAUCAGCGGCUCAUUUAGUCGGUAACACUCUGGGCUAUAAUAUUGUUGAGUUCAAUGCCAGUGACACUCGGAGCAAAAAGUCUCUAGAUGAGGAAGUUCGUGACCUUUUGGACAAUCAGUCGCUCGCCGGCUACUUCCAACACGGAACGGAAACAUCAGACAAAGGAAAAUCCGUAUCUGAAGAUAUUGACCCAUCUAUGGCUAAGAAACAACUCAUUAUUAUGGACGAAGUCGAUGGAAUGGCUGGAGGAGAUCGAGGCGGUAUUGCACAAUUGAUUUCAUUUAUCAAAAAGACGCGUGUCCCAAUUAUCUGCAUCUGCAACGAUCGACAAUCGCCUAAAGUGCGAUCACUCGUCAACUCGUGCUUCGAUAUGCGUUUUCAGAGGCCUCAGGUCAAUCAAGUGAGAUCAAGACUGAUGUCUAUCCUGCAUAAAGAGGGUUGUAAAGUUCCUGGGAAUGUGCUGGACAAACUUGUCUCCGGAUCACAGUCAGAUAUUCGCCAAGUGCUGAAUAUGUUAUCCACAUGGAGUUUGACUCAACAAGAGAUGGACUAUGAUGAAGGGACAGCUCUUUCCAAAGCAUCUGAGAAAUAUGUUGCUCUUAACCCCUUUCAAAUUGCGGAGCAGCUAUUGGUGGAAACCAACUAUCGGGCGCUCAGCUUACCAGAUAAAUUUGACACAUACUUUAAUGAUUAUCAACUGGCUCCUCUGAUGAUUCAGGAGAACUAUGUCCGAAUGAACCCAACAGAAGCUCGUGGAGACAUGGAUGGUCUCGCAGCGAUAGAGUUAAUGAGUAAAGCCGCAGAUUCGUUAUCAGAUGCUGAUCUAGUUGAUACUCUGAUUCAUGGGAGUGCGCAGCACUGGUCACUCAUGCCUACACACGCAGCCUUCUCGUGUGUCCGCCCGUCUUUCUUUGUCCAUGGAAGUAUGAGACCAGGCUCUGGAGGCAAUUUUGGCCCAAUGAUGCAAUUCCCUAGCUAUUUGGGUCAAUAUUCCAAGUCCUCCAAGUACAACCGUAUUGUAAAGGAUCUUCAAAUCCGGAUGCGUCUAAAGAUUUCAGGAGACAAGAAUGAAGUUCGUCAAAGUUAUCUGCCUGCAUUAUUCCCAGCUAUCACACGACCGUUAGUGAAAGAUGGUGUUGACGCGAUACCAGAGUUGAUUGAACUAAUGGACAGCUAUUAUCUCAGUAAGGAGGACUGGGAAGCGGUACUCGAACUAGGAAUUGGACGUAAUGAUGGUAAGAAAGUAAUGGACAGCAUCCCAUCAGCCGUCAAAUCGGCGUUCACCCGAAAAUACAAUGCCGAAUCACAUCCACAACCGUUCCUCAAGGCUGCAGCCGUAUCUAAGGGAAGAGGAUCAUCCGGUGGUGUUGUCACUGAUGAAGUUCCCGAUAAUUUGGAUGUGGUGGAGGCGGAUGCCCCUGUUCCAGAAGAAGUUGAUGAGACUACAGUGGCAGAAGAGGAGAGCAUUGAAAAGGACAGUAAUAUCAAGCAAAAGAAAACAAAGGGUGGUGCAGACGCAGGCUCUUCCUCCAAAGCAAAGGGCAAGGGCAAGGCUAAAGGCAAGGCUCGGAAAUAA